AGUCUAAAAAGAAAUCCAGUAGAAUUCAGUACUCUCAAGAUGUGCAGAAUAACCAUGCUUUUAUAGAAGAAUGAAAGAUUUACAGUUAGGCGAUGGUUAAUACUAUAGCUGCACUGAAGAAUUAUGAAGUGUGUGGUGCUGAUGAGAAAAAUUCACUAUCAUGUCUGGAUGUGUUCAGUGUUGGUUCCAAAGAAAGCAAGAUCAUUUCAACAUUGCUUUACCUAUGGCUGUAGACUGAUGUCAGAUCACAAACCUCAAGACAUUAUAGACUCUUACAAGCUGCUUAAACUUCGAGAAGGGUGUUCACUGGAUGAUGUUAAAAAUUCAUUUCUAGACCUUGCUAAGCAAUACCAUCCAGAUAGUGGAUCAGCUACAGCAGAUUCUGCAACUUUUGUUCAGAUUGAAGAAGCUUACAGAGUUGUGCUUAAUGAUAUGGUCAAGAAAAUAAAAUCAAGAGACAAGGAAGAGGAUGAUGUUGAAGACAAAUUAAAAUUGAAAGCUGUACAACAUAGACAGUAUUUAAAUUUUGAAGGUAUUGGUUUUGGUACUCCAAGUCAAAGGGAAAGGCAGUAUGUGCAGUUCAGAGUUGAUCGAGCUUCUGAACAAAUCAUGGAAUAUCGACAGCGGCAAAUGGAGAGCCAGCUGGCUGUGGGUGAUGUUAUGUUAGCUAAAGAUGUAAAGCAAAGUAAAAAAGCAAAAAUAACCCAAGCAAUUGAACGUUUGGUUGAAGACCUCAUUCAAGAAUCUAUGGCAAAAGGAGACUUUGAUAAUCUAAGUGGUAAAGGAAAGCCAUUACAAAAAUUUUCAGACUGCCUACACAUUGAUCCUAUGACGCACAAUCUGAAUAGGAUCCUGAUAGAUAAUGGAUACCAACCAGAAUGGAUCCUUAUACAGAAAGAAAUACGGGAAACAAUUGGAAAGUUAAGGAAGGCUAUAGUAGCUUCUAGGAAUAAGUUAGGAGAUCCAAUGACAGCCCAAAAAGAGAAGCAAUGGAAGAAAGUUUGUGAAGAACUUAGGGAAAAUAUUAAGACAUUAAACAAAAGAAUUAAUGAUUUCAACUUGGUUGUUCCUAUUCUUAGUAGACAGAUGGUGCAUUUUAAUGCAGAGAAAGAGAUUGCACGCGCACAAGACAUCUAUGAAACCCAGAUGAAAAAGAAGUCCGAACCAGAAGCAAAGAAAACAGAAACUGAAAUUGAACUUGGUAGACGUGACAUGAAAACCAUUUUUUUUAAAUGGAUAAAUCUUAUUUUGAAGUAAGAUUAAGAAUGUAGUAAUUUAGUUUCAUAUUCAAUGCACUUUAAAUAAGAUUUAUAGAACUUGCCAAAGGUUUUCUGUUCUUUUUUCCAAUUAACUAUUGGAACAAUCCCUUAUUCAAACUGAAGAACUGAAUUGAAUUGCAAAACUACUAAUAAAUUUUUACCAAUAAUCUUAUUUUUGUUGAUAUUCCUUUGUCAAAUUAAUAUUUAAAUAACUAGAAUAUUAAUUGUGUUCAUAAAUUAGGGUAUUUUUUUCAAAAAAGGACUACUCUGUGUUUUGAAAUAGUACAUUUAAGAGAAGAUACUUCUUUAUGUACUUUUAGGGAUAAAAAGAAAUUGAUGUUGAAAUCAUGAGAAA